AUGGAUGCAAAGAUUGAUAAGGUUGCUCAGUCUAACCAAGCAUCUAUUCAUAAUUUAGAGGUGCAAGUAGGUCAGUUGGCUAAAUUGGUUGCAGAAAAAGAUCGAGCACUUGCUAAUAUGCCAUCUUAUGCCAAGUAUAUUAAGGAAAUUGUGUCUAAUAAAAAGAAACUGGAAGAGUUUGCUACUGUGCAUCUAAAUGAGGAGUGUAGUGCUAUUCUACAAAGCAAAUUACCUCCUAAGCUAAUGGAUCCAGGAAGUUUUUCUAUUCCUUGCACUAUUGGUAAUACUGUCAUUAAUAAAUGCUUAUGUGAUCUAGGUGACAGUAUUAACCUUAUGCCUUUAACUCUUUUCAAGAAGUUGGAAAUAGCUGAAAUGAAGCCAACAACAAUCUCUCUUCAACUUGCUGAUAGAUCAGUCAAGUACCCGCUUGGAGUAGUGGAGGAUAUAUUGGUAAAAGUUGGUAAAUUUUAUUUUCCUGUUGAUUUUCUGAUUCUUGAUAUGGGUAGUGACACAGAUACAUCUCUUAUACUUGGUAGGCCAUUUUUGUUGACAGGAGGAGUAUUAAUUGAUAUGCCUUUAGGGAAAUUGAUUUUUAGAGUAGGUAAAGAAAAAGAGGAAUUCUCUAUCUCUAAAGCUGUAAAAUUUCCAACUUUUGAUGAAUCAUGUCUUUUUGUUCAUGUUAUUGAGAAACCUCCAGAAGAAGAAUUUGUUAAGCAUUCACCUAGUGAAACACCACAUCAACUUGAACUUAAACCACCUUCAUUGCGGUUCAAAUACGAAUUUUUGAGUAACAAUGAUACUUUUCUUAUGUUUUCUUAUGCUCAUUUACUUCAUGCAAAAGAAGAGAGAUUGUGGAGAACAUUGACUAAAGCCUGGCAUGACAAAAAUAAUUUUUGGAGAGAAUUCAAUGUAGGGCAAGAAGUUUUGUUGUCUAAUUCUUGUCUUAAGUUUUUUCUAGAGAAAUUGAAGUCUAGAUGGUUUGGUCCUUUCAUGGUCACUAAAGUUUGUUCGUAUGAGGCCAUAGAGAUUGAAAGAGAGAAAUAG